UACCCGUUUGGUUAUGUCCAUUUUAAGUUAAGUCGUGGUUAACAUCGGACAUUGGCCAGAUUGUAAGGAAAUAUUUAUCGACGAAAAAGAGAUUACAAAAAUGAAAUUAUAACUUGAUGCUGAAUGAUUUAUAAAUUAAGUUAUUGAAUGUGAUACAGUUUUAGACAAUUUGACUAAAAUGAUGUUUUCUAAGGCUUUCCUGGUUAUACUCAUUACCGUAUUAUCUCAGGGCCCUACGAGGGUUGAAUCUCUGCCAACUGAACUAGAGGAGAAACUCAACUCCAUAGCACAGUGGCUAGACUCGCGGAAAGAUUCGUCCAUCUUUGAUUACAUUUAUAGGAUAAACCAUGGUGCUGGGCUAAACUUGUUACAAGGUGAUAUUAAAAACACUAAGAAAAAGGUAGCACAGAAUUCCCAACUACGUACUGCAAUCACCAAUCGAGAACAACUGUGGAAUACUAGAGUUGUACCUUAUAUAAUUGAUUCAGCAUUCGACUCGGCGUCAAGGAAAGAUAUUUUGGCCGCCAUAGACGAAUACCACCAGAAAACUUGUAUACAUUGGGUACCAAGGACUUACGAAGAGGACUAUGUACAUUUCAAAAAAAUAAGCGGAUGCUAUUCAAAUAUCGGCCGGACUGGGGGUGAGCAGGAUAUAUCACUAAUGGGACCAUGUUUGAAGAAAGGCACAGCAGUGCACGAAAUGAUGCAUGCGCUAGGGUUCUGGCACGAGCAAAGUAGACCGGACAGGGACUCCUGGGUUCAUAUCAUCUCAAGCAAUAUCCAAGAUGGCAAAGAAUUUAACUUUAAAAAGCUAGAUCAAAACGAGGCUGACACUUUGGGCGUUAUGUACGAUUAUGGCAGCGUCAUGCAUUAUUCCAAGUAUGCCUUUACCAAGAACGGUAACCCGACUAUCAUGCCAACCCAUCCAGCAAGUGCAAAUAUUGGUCAGCGUGACGGACUUAGUGACCAUGAUGUUGAAAGGAUUAGAAAACUAUAUGGUUGCAAUUAUCCGAUGCCAUCACCAUCCACAACAACAAAAUUUGUCCAGACAAAACCGCCCGAAACUAAACCGCCACAGACAAUUCCACCGGUUACAAAUCCUCCACAAACGAUUCCACCGGUCACAAAUCCCCCACAGACAAUCCCACCAGUCACUAACCCUCCAAAGACGAAUCCACCGGUCACAAAACCUCCACAAACAAUCCCACCGGUCACAAAUCCUCCACAUACAAAUCCACCUCCACAUACAAAUCCACCGGUCACAAAUCCUCCACAGACAAAUCCACCUGUCACAAACCCUCCACAAACAGUCCCACCAGUAACAAAUCCGCCGCAGACAAUCCCACCCGUCACAAAUCCUCCACAGACAAUCCCACCAGUCACAAACCCUCCACAAACAAUUCCACCGGUCACAAAUCCCCCACAGACAGCAAUACAAACAUCUGCCCGACCACCAGCGCCGGUGUAUCAACAAGGAUGGACAUUAUGGUCUGAAUGGUCACCAUGUGACUUGCAAUGCAAACACUCUAGGUACAGAUUCUGCACGAAUUACGACAGAAAUUACUGUCUUGGUGAAAACAGCCAGGUUAAUGAUUGUCCAUAUCCAUGUAAACCGGCAUCUACAUUUGGAUGCUGGAAGCAAGAUGAGAAAAAUCUGACUAUCCCAUCAGCUGAAGGAUUGUCGCCAACGCUAAAGGACAAUUACAAAGGUCGCACAGAUGCCAUCCAGAAAUGCAGUAAUUAUGCUGCUGUGAUGGGAUACAGAAUGUUCGCGGUCUUUGACGAUGGCCAGUGUUUAACAGGUCCCGACGCCCUGACACAGUUCAGUAUAUUAGGGGCUUCUAACAAAUGCAGUUACAAGGGAGUUGGUUCACCGGAAGCUAUGAAUGUGUUUACGUUCGAAGCAGAUAUAGAUGGCCAGUGGUCCUUGUGGACGGGAUGGAGCCGCUGUACGAAGACCUGUGGUCUAGGACGACAGUAUCGGUACAGGCGCUGCGAUAAUCCUCCGCCAAUUGGAAACGGAGCUCCUUGCCCUGGCAAUGACCAGGAUGUUGUCGUGUGUAAUCAAGCAACCUGCAUAACACCGAUAAAAUGUGGUUCCCGAUAUUAUGCGGGAGGACCUGGAACCAGUGGAGUGAUCUGGAUUAGAGAUUACGAUAAUUUCAUGGAAUGCGAAUAUGAAAUCGCUACGGGUGAUCCAUUUGCAAGCAUUUCAGUGUAUAUACAUGAGAUAGAUAUCGAAUAUAGCAAAGGCUGUAUUUAUGAUACACUAAUGUUACAUGAUGGUUAUAGCGCACGUGCACCGCUUGUUGGAACAUUCUGCGGGACAAAAACUCCAGGGACGUUUGAAUCAUCCUCAAACCACGUGUAUUUGAAAUUUAUCAGCGACGAGACGAAAACUGGGCGUGGCUUCACUGUUUUCUAUACGAUUAAUAGUCGAUCGCGAAAAGCGUGUGUCAAGCCUCCUCCCGCUGCGCAUGCCACAAUCUUGAAACAAGGGAAUAUGGUUGGAGACAGGGCGUGGUAUAGCUGUUGUGAGGGAUACAAGAUGGUUGGCCACUCCCCUAUAACUUGCGUUGACCAACCAGGAUUCGCCUUAUGGGACGACAAAUUCCCAAGAUGUAUUUCCAUAAAGAGAAGAAGCUCGACUGUUGGUCUUGGAACAGUUUGCAACUUUCAGGAUUCACUAUGCGGGUACAAAAACGAACCAAAUACAGGAAUUAAAUGGUCCGUAAAACAAGCAUCUGGAAACAGCGGCAAUAGUUCUGUGCCAGGAAAUGUUCUUCAUGCAGAAUCGAACAUACUUCAUGAAUCUGGCGCUCUAGCAAGAAUACGUUCUAAAGUAUACAGUACCAGUAGUAUUGCAAAUGAGUACUGCCUGCGUUUUUCAUACAUAAUUGACGGUGGAGAUUUUGCAAAGUUUAAUGUUUUCGUCGCUGACAAGGCAGUGAAAGCUAAUGAAACAGUUGUCUCGGUCAUGGAGGAGAAAGGGCAAGAUAAAAACGAAUGGCUUGCUGCAUCACUAAACGUAGAUGCCGAACAUGAUUUUCAGAUUAUUUUUGAAGCAGUGCUGGGAGAUCAAAUUGGGAAUGCUGUAUCAAUAGAUGACGUCAUAGUAACGAGAGGUCAUUGCACACCUCUAUAAGGCUAAACCAGCGAUGCGGAAGGAUACCAACAAUCUAUUUACAGUUAAUAUUUAUAACUUAUCAAACGAACAAUCUUAAUAACAUCAGUUAUUAUGUCAAAACGAAUUUCAGUAGUAACAUAUUGGAGGAUAUACCUGUUCAAUUAUUCACAAAGAAAGCGUAUUAAAGACAAGACAGA